GAAUGGUAGAUGAAAGAGGUUAAAGAGAAGACAAUUUAAAGGAGUAACAAUACGAAGUUGAUCUCGAAAGAUGCUUUUGGGAAUUUAAUAAUGUAGAUACAUGAAAAAAUAUUGAAUUAGAAUGAAGGCUUACUAUAUAUAUUAAGGGAUGCAUUCUUUUAGAAUUCGAACUUAAUAUUAAAUGGAGCAAGGAUAUAAAAAAUAAAUAAAUUCCAACUAAAACCAAUAAGAUGAUUUAUAAAGACUAUAAGAAAAAAGGACUUACUUACAUUAUCAACUGAAGAUUUGAGGUAACUAGAGGACUUUUUGAAGCAAUUUGGAUCCAAUGGCACAUUUACCUGGGGAACCUAACU